UAAUUAUUGGCGUUGAAUGGGGCAUACAAUCAAAGACUCUUUAAAAUAUAAUUAAACCCACAAUAUUAUUUUUUUAAUUACUAGGAAUCUUAGUUCCAGAAAAAUUUUAUCUCGUUUUAGACAAUUAUAUCGCUUUUUGAAAUAGCUGUAUAUAGUAUUUUAUAAACAUGGUCAAGUACUCAAGAGAGCCAAGCAAUCUAACUAGAAGCGCCAAGGCCUAUGGAGCAUAUUUGCGUGUCCACUUCAAGAACACCUACGAAACAGCGACAGCAAUAAAAGGAAUGCUGGUGAAGGACGCGAAACGUUAUUUAAAUGACGUUAUUGAACGCAAAAGAUGUGUUCCUUUCAGAAAGUUCAGAGGGGGCGUUGGAAGGUGUGCCCAGGCCAAGGCAUUCAAGCAUACUCAAGGUAGAUGGCCAGAGAAAUCGUGCAAAUUCCUACUUGAUUUACUCAAAAAUUUGGAAUCUAACGCUGAGGUCAAGGGACUUGAACAAAGUAAAUUGAGACUCGAACAUGUACAAGUAAACAGAGCGCCUGUGGGAAGAAGAAGAUCGUACAGAGCCCAUGGUAGGAUAAUUCCGUUCCUUUCCCAUCCUUGCCAUGUCGAACUCAUUGCUGUUGAAGAUGAAGAUCACGUCCCAAGGCACACAUCAACAGAGAAAAGAGUAGUCAAGUUGAAUAAGCGUGAAUUAGCCAGGAUGAGACUUAGAACUGGAAAAUCUCUCUCAUAAUCUACUUGGUAUUUAAAA